GGGAGGCGGGAAACAGCUUAGGGGGUGCGGGGUCGCGCAGUUCCUUCUGGCAGGCGGGGAAGAGGUUCCGAAAUGGCGGUGCAGCCGAAGGAAACGCUGCAGCUGGAGAGCGCGGCCGAGGUCGGCUUCGUGCGCUUCUUCCAGGCCAUGCCGGAGAAGCCGACCACCACGGUGCGCCUCUUCGACCGGGGCGACUUCUACACGGCGCACCACGAGGACGCGCUGCUGGCUGCCCGAGAAGUGUUCAAGACCCAGGGGGUAGUCAAGUACAUAGGGCCGGCAGGAACAAAGACUCUGGAAAGUGUUGUGCUUAGUAAAAUGAAUUUUGAAUCUUUUGUAAAAGAUCUUCUUCUAGUUCGACAGUAUAGAGUUGAAGUUUAUAAGAAUAGAGCUGGAAAUAAGGCCUCAAAGGAGAAUGAUUGGUAUUUGGCAUUUAAGGCUUCUCCAGGUAAUCUUUCUCAGUUUGAAGACAUUCUCUUUGGUAACAAUGAUAUGUCAGCUUCCAUUGGUGUCGUGGGUGUUAAAAUAUCUACAGUUGAUGGCCAAAGACAGGUCGGAGUUGGGUAUGUUGACUCCAUACAGCGGAAGCUAGGACUUUGUGAGUUCCCCGACAAUGAUCAGUUCUCCAAUUUGGAGGCUCUGCUGAUUCAGAUUGGACCAAAGGAAUGUGUUUUGCCAGGAGGAGAGACUGCUGGAGACAUGGGAAAACUGAGGCAGGUUAUUCAGAGAGGAGGAAUUCUGAUCACAGAAAGAAAAAGAGCUGACUUUUUUACAAAAGAUAUUUAUCAGGACCUCAACCGGUUGUUGAAAGGCAAAAAGGGAGAGCAGGUGAAUAGUGCUGUCUUGCCAGAAAUGGAGAAUCAGGUUGCAGCUUCAGCAUUGUCUGCAGUAAUCAAGUUUUUAGAACUCUUAUCAGAUGAUUCAAACUUUGGACAGUUUGAACUGACUACUUUUGACUUCAGCCAGUACAUGAAGUUGGAUAUUGCAGCAGUCAGAGCCCUUAACCUUUUCCAGGUUUCAGACUUUAUCAAACUGUUGGUCCAUGAGAAGCGCAUAGAAAUUUCACCCCCAGGAAUAUUGUACUAUCCGCCUCCAAGUGACUUCCAUGCUGGUGAUCUUGAACCGAACUUAGAUAGGUGUCCAGUUAGAGCCAGAGGCUUAGUUUUAAUUAGAAAUUUUUGGCUUUGUACUGUCAUAAGACUGAAUUUAGUGGAAGCUUUUGUAGAAGAUGCAGAAUUGAGGCAGAGUUUACAAGAAGAUUUACUUCGUCGAUUCCCAGAUCUUAACCGACUUGCCAAGAAAUUUCAGAGACAAGCAGCAAACUUACAAGAUUGUUACCGACUCUAUCAGGGUAUAAAUCAACUUCCUAAUGUUAUUCGGGCUCUGGAAAAAUAUGAAGGAAAACACCAGAGUUUAUUGUUGGCAGUUUUUGUCACUCCUUUUAUUGAUCUUCGUUCUGAUUUCUCCAAAUUUCAGGAAAUGAUAGAAACAACUUUAGAUAUGGAUCAGGUGGAAAACCAUGAAUUCCUUGUGAAACCUUCAUUUGAUCCCAAUCUGAGUGAAUUAAGAGAAAUUAUGGAUGACUUGGAAAAGAAGAUGCAGUCAACAUUAGUAAGUGCAGCGAGAGAUUUAGGUUUGGAUCCUGGCAAACAGAUUAAACUGGAUUCCAGUGCACAGUUUGGUUAUUACUUUCGCGUAACAUGUAAGGAAGAAAAAGUCCUUCGUAACAAUAAAAACUUCAGUACAGUGGACAUUCAGAAGAAUGGUGUUAAAUUUACCAACAGUAAACUGACUUCUCUCAAUGAAGAGUAUACCAAAAAUAAAACCGAGUAUGAGGAAGCCCAGGAUGCCAUUGUUAAAGAAAUUGUCAAUAUUUCUUCAGGCUAUGUAGAACCAAUGCAGACGCUCAAUGAUGUGUUAGCUCAGCUAGAUGCUGUUGUCAGCUUUGCACAUGUGUCAAAUGGAGCACCUGUUCCAUAUGUACGACCGGUCAUUUUGGAGAAAGGACAAGGGAAAAUUACAUUGAAAGCAUCCAGACAUGCUUGUGUUGAAGUUCAAGAUGAAGUUGCAUUUAUUCCUAAUGAUGUUCACUUUGAAAAAGAUAAACAGAUGUUCCACAUCAUUACUGGCCCCAAUAUGGGAGGUAAAUCCACAUAUAUUCGCCAAACUGGGGUGAUCGUUCUCAUGGCCCAGAUUGGGUGUUUUGUGCCAUGUGAGUCAGCAGAAGUGUCCAUUGUGGACUGCAUCCUGGCCCGUGUAGGGGCUGGCGACAGUCAGUUGAAAGGAGUCUCCACAUUCAUGGCUGAAAUGCUAGAAACUGCUUCUAUUCUCAGGUCUGCAACCAAAGAUUCUUUAAUAAUUAUAGAUGAAUUGGGGAGAGGAACCUCUACCUAUGAUGGAUUUGGAUUAGCGUGGGCUAUAUCAGAGUACAUCGCAACAAAGAUUGGUGCUUUUUGCAUGUUUGCAACACAUUUUCAUGAACUUACUGCCUUGGCCAAUCAGAUACCAACUGUUAAUAAUCUACAUGUCACAGCACUAACUACUGAAGAGACCUUAACUAUGCUCUAUCAGGUGAAGAAAGGUGUCUGUGAUCAGAGUUUUGGGAUUCACGUUGCAGAGCUUGCAAAUUUCCCUAGGCAUGUCAUAGAGUGUGCUAGACAGAAAGCUCUGGAACUAGAGGAGUUUCAGAAUAUCAGAGAAUCAGAAGGAUAUGAUGACAUGGAACCAGCAGCAAAGAGGUGCUAUCUGGAAAGAGAGCAAGGUGAAAAAAUUAUUCAGGAGUUUUUAUCCAAGGUGAAGCAAGUGCCUUUUACUGAAAUGUCAGAAGAAAACAUCACAAUGAAGCUGAAACAGCUGAAAGCUGAGGUAAUAGCAAAGAAUAAUAGUUUUGUAAAUGAAAUCAUUUCACGAAUCAAAGUUACUACAUGAGAAAAUCCCACCAAAGGAGCGAAGAGAAUACUGAUAAGCUGUUAUCUGUAUCACUUUUGUAUUGUUUUAUAUUAACCCUGUUUUCAUAGUGCUGGCAAUUUGAGACCCAUGGGAUAUCAACUUAAUAAAGUAUUUAGUAAUACUUGGAGUACAUUUUCAAAGAUUUUUAUUUUGGAAGAAUGAGAGCUGUGGCUGAGGAAUACUUAAAUGGACACGGGCAAUAGUAGGUGGUGUGUUGCAUUUUAUAAAUAAAGUCAUGUAGUUUGUGGAAUUUGAAA